AGGAUGGAGUACAGUCUUGAUUUUUGCUUUUCUCGUUGACUCAGGAACUUGUCACCACUUUUAAUUUCUUAACAUUCUACGUUUUAUUCUUGCAACGAUGGCGGACCGAGGCGUGGAUAUGUUGGCACUACCGAAAGAGGUCAAGGACCAAUUGGCGGAGUUGGAUUUGGAACUGUCCGAAGGUGACAUCACACAGAAGGGAUAUGAGAAGAAAAGGACAAAACUUCUGCUUCCCUUCUUUAUUCAUACACCAGUGGAAGCCCCCCCCCCUGCCUAUGAUGCCCAGGCUCCUGGUCCUAGCAACGCCUCUGGCUCCACCCAUGCCAAUGCUCACACCCAGGCUCCUCCACCCAGCUCCUCUUCACGCUACCGUGAUCGUCGUUCUCGGCGACCGCACCGCAGUGGAGGGACCAGGGAUGACCGCUACCGAUCAGAUAUCCACACAGAGGCGGUGCAGGCUGCGUUGGCCAAACACAAGGAGGAGAAGAUGGCACUACCCAUGCCCACCAAACGCCGCUCCACCUACGUUCAGUCGCCCAUCAACAACUGCACCCCACCAGACUCGUCGUCAAGUUCAGAGGAUGAGGGUGCUCUGUUGAGACAGUCGUCAGUGGGUGCUGGUUUGGGGGCUCCUGCCCCUUCCUCUCUGCUGCAGCCCCCCAGUCUGCAGAGCCCUGACUCCUGGAUCAACCGCUCUGUCCAGGGCUCCUCCACAUCCUCUUCCGCUUCUUCCGCCUCCUCCACCCUGUCCCAUGGAGAGAGCAAGCCCCAGCCCCAGCCUCAACCAUCCCAGCCCCAGCCCCAGACCCAAGCCCAGCCCCAGUACAAGCCCCAGUACCAGCCCCAAUACCAGCCCCAAUACCAGCCCCAAUACCAGCCACAGUACCAGCCACAGUACCAGUCACAACUACAGCCACAGUCACAGCCACAGCAUCCAGCCAUAGCUGACAUGCUGGCUCAAGCACGCAUCGGCCUUUCAGAGAACAGCGGACCCCCCCCAGACGUGUUGGCGGCAGCCCCCCAGGCCAGGGGCUCCUCUCAGGUGGACCGUCCCAACAACCCUCCUGUGGUCCGGGGGAUGAGCCGCGAACAGAGUCGCUCCAGCAUGAUGGAGACAGCUGACGGUGUCCCGGUGAACAGCAGGGUGUCCACUAAGAUCCAGCAGCUGCUCAAUACCUUGAAGAGGCCCAAGAGGCCCCCCCUCAGUGAGUUCUUUGUGGAUGACCAGGAGGAGAUCGUAGAGGUGCCCCAGCCGGACCCCAACACACCACGGCCAGAGGGCCGUCAGAUCAUCCCAGUGAAGGGGGAGCCCUUAGGGGUGGUCAGUAACUGGCCUCCGGCCCUCCAGGCUGCCCUGGCUCGAUGGGGGGCCACACAGGGCAAGAGCCCCGCCCUCACCGCCCUGGACAUCACUGGCAAAACCCUGUACACACUGACCUACGGGAAGCUGUGGAGCCGCAGUGUGAAGCUGGCCUACACCCUCCUCAACAAACUGGGACCCAAGAACGAGCAGGUCCUCAAGCCUGGGGACAGGGUGGCUCUAGUGUACCCAAACAGUGACCCUGGGAUGUUCUGGGUGGCCUUCUAUGGCUGCCUGCUGGCUGAGGUCAUCCCUGUCCCAAUAGAGGUACCAUUGUCUCGCAAGGAUGCAGGCAGUAGUCAGGUGGGCUUCCUGCUUGGCAGUUGUGGUGUAACUCUGGCUCUGACCAGUGAGAUCUGUCUGAAGGGACUCCCCAAGACGCCCACCGGAGAGAUACUACAGUUCAAAGGCUGGCCUCAGCUAAAGUGGGUGGUGACAGACUCCAAGUACCUCACCAAACCUGGAAAGGACUGGCAGCCCCACAUCCCUACAGCUAACACUGACCCUGCAUACAUAGAGUACAAGGCAAGUAAGGAGGGUACAGUGAUGGGUGUGGCUGUGUCUAAGGUGGCCAUGUUGACCCAUUGCCAAGCACUGACCCAGGCCUGCAACUACUGUGAGGGUGAGACAUUAGUGAAUGUUCUGGACUUUAAAAAGGACAUGGGCCUGUGGCAUGGAGUUCUCACGAGUGUAAUGAACAGGAUCCACACUAUCAGUGUGCCCUACGCUGUGAUGAAGGCUUGCCCUCUCUCCUGGGUUCAGAGGGUCCACAUACAUAAAGCGCGCGUUGCCUUGGUGAAGUGUCGUGACCUGCACUGGGCCAUGAUGGCACACAGGGAACAGAGGGACACCAGUCUGGCAUCACUGCGCAUGCUCAUCGUCGCUGACGGAGCCAACCCCUGGUCGGUGUCGUCCUGCGAUGCCUUCCUCAAUGUGUUCCAGAUCCACGGGCUGAAGCCAGAGGUCAUCUGUCCCUGUGCCACCUCCCCUGAGGCCAUGACGGUAGCCAUCCGCAGGCCGGGGGUGCCGGGGACGCCCCUCCCAGCCAGGGCCAUCCUCUCCAUGGGGGGUCUGAGUCACGGGGUCAUCAGGGUCAACACGGAGGACAAAAACUCUGCCCUCACCGUGCAGGAUGUGGGUCAUGUGAUGCCUGGAGCUCUGAUGUGUAUAGUGAAGCCUGAAGGGCCUCCUCAGCUCUGUAAGACAGAUGAGAUAGGGGAGAUCGUUGUGAACUCUCGUGCAGGAGGAAACAUGUACUAUGGCCUACCAGGAGUCACCAAGAACACCUUUGAGGUGAUUCCUGUCAAUGCUCUUGGUGCUCCUAUUGGAGAGAUCCCUUUUGUGAGAUCUGGACUCCUAGGCUUCGUAGGACCCGGCAGUCUGAUAUUUGUGGUGGGGAAGAACGAAGGCCUGCUGAUGGUGAGUGGGAGGAGACACAACGCUGAUGACUUGGUGGCCACAGCACUGGCCGUGGAGCCUGUCAAGACUGUGUAUCGUGGGAGGAUUGCGGUGUUCUCUGUGACAGUGUUCUAUGAUGAGAGGAUAGUGGUUGUGGCAGAGCAGAGGCCAGAUGCCAGUGAGGAGGACAGCUUCCAGUGGAUGAGCCGAGUACUGCAGGCCAUUGACAGUAUUCACCAGGUGGGUUUGUACUGCCUAGCCCUGGUGCCUGCCAACACAUUACCCAAGACCCACCUGGGAGGGAUCCACAUCUUCGAGACCAAGCAACACUUCCUGGACGGCAACCUGCACCCCUGUAACAUCCUCAUGUGCCCCCAUACCUGUGUCACCAACCUCCCCAAACCACGGCAGAAACAGCCAGUGGGUGUGGGUCCAGCCUCCAUCAUGGUGGGGAACCUGGUAGCAGGGAAGAGGAUAGCCCAGGCAGCAGGCAGGGAUCUGGGCAUGAUCGAGGACCAGGACCUGAUCAGGAAGCACCAGUUCCUGUCCGAGGCUCUACAGUGGAGGGCACAGACUGACCCAGACCACUGUCUCUAUGUGCUGCUCAAUGCAAAGGGGGUAGCGGUAUCUACAGCAACAUGUGUGCAGCUGCAUAAGCGGGCGGAGAAGAUUGCAGCGGCGCUCACAGAGAAAGGCAGCAUCAACACCGGGGACAACGUGGUGCUGCUCUACCCUCCUGGUAUUGACCUGAUAGCCUCCUUCUAUGGCUGUCUGUACGCUGGCUGUGUUCCUGUCACUGUCAGACCUCCUCAUCCACAGAACCUGGCAGCCACACUUCCCACUGUCCGCAUGAUCAUCGACGUCAGUAAAGCUGCCUGUAUCCUUACCACUCAGAACCUCAUGAGGAUCCUGCGCUCUAAAGAGGCUGCUGCCACGCUGAACAUUAAAACAUGGCCGACAAUCAUAGACACAGACGACCUCCCUCGCCAUAGACCUCCCACGAUCUACAAGCCCCCCACGGCAGAGAUGAUCGCCUAUCUGGACUUCAGUGUGUCCACCACGGGUAUGCUCACUGGGGUCAAGAUCUCCCAUGCUGCAGUCAGUGCUCUGUGUCGCUCCAUCAAGCUACAGUGUGAGCUAUACUCCUCACGCCAAAUAGCCAUCUGCCUGGACCCUUACUGUGGCUUGGGCUUCGUACUGUGGUGCCUCGCAAGUGUGUACUCGGGCCACCAGUCCAUCCUAAUCCCUCCUAUGGAGUUGGAGAGCUGUCUGCCCCUGUGGCUGAGCACCCUGAGCCAGUACCGCAUCAGAGACACCUUCUGCUCCUACUCUGUCAUGGAGCUCUGCACCAAGGGGAUAGGCACGCAGACAGAUAUACUCAAAGCGCGUGGGCUGAACCUGUCAUGUGUGAGGAGCUGUGUGGUGAUAGCAGAGGAGCGUACUCGUCUGGCCCUCACCAUGUCAUUCUCCAAGCUGUUUAAGGACCUGGGCCUCUCCCCCCGCGCUGUCAGCACAGCCUUUGGAUCCAGGGUCAACCUGGCCAUUUGCAUGCAGGGAACCACUGGACCGGACCCCUCCACUGUGUAUGUGGACAUGAAGUCCCUCCGCCAUGACAGGGUGAGGCUGGUGGAGAGAGGAGCCCCUCAGAGUCUCCCUUUGAUGGAGUCUGGAAAAAUCUUACCAGGAGUCAGGGUGAUCAUUGUGAACCCAGAGACCAGAGGACCUCUCGGAGAUUCCCAUCUAGGAGAGAUCUGGAUCAACAGCCCUCACAGUGCCAGUGGCUACUAUACCAUCUAUGGAGAGGAGAGCCUGCAGGCCGACCACUUUAACACCAAGCUGAGCUUUGGAGACCCCACGACCCUGUGGGCCAGGACUGGCUACCUGGGCUUCGUCAAGAGGACUGAACUACUGGAUGCCGCUGGGCAUCGUCAUGACGCCCUGUUUGUGGUGGGUUCCCUGGAUGAGACUCUGGAGCUUAGGGGACUGCGCUACCACCCCAUCGACAUCGAGACAUCUGUGUCCCGGGCUCACCGCAGCAUCGCAGAGAGUGCGGUGUUCACGUGGACCAACCUACUGGUGGUGGUGGCUGAGCUGUGUGGCUCAGAGCAGGAUGCCCUGGACCUGGUGCCCCUGGUCACCAAUGUGGUGCUGGAGGAGCACCAUCUUAUCGUGGGCGUGGUGGUCAUCGUGGACCCGGGGGUCAUACCCAUCAACUCCAGGGGAGAGAAACAGCGCAUGCACCUCCGGGACUCCUUCCUGGCUGACCAACUGGACCCCAUCUACGUGGCAUAUAAUAUGUGAGGGGCCAGGCGGAUGGGCUGGGCAGGUCAUCGUAUGGUGGAAAGGAUUACGGCUGUUGGAGUGGGGAUUAGGAAGAAAUUAGUUUGGACCAACCUGCUCCAUAGACAGAAAAUGCAUGGUACCACAAUGGGCAGUAGGAUGGGUUGGCUGCACUUUAUCGCACUGUAUUGACACAGCCCUUUUUGGGGUGCAUGUGGUUCAAAUCUUAGGUCUUUUGCAUUCCAGGUCUGUUGGAUUUCAAGGGGCACUGUUGUGUUUUGAGAUGUACACUGUAUAAAAUGGUGUAUAUAUACAGUACCAGUCAAAUGUUUGGACACACCUACUUUUUACUAUUUUA